AUGAUUCCGAUUACUAGCGAUAAUAUCCUCAAAUUAAUUACUUUUGGUGCUUCUACUGCUAUGGUAUUUGGUGGUAUAGUGCCUUAUAUACCUCAAUAUUUAGAUAUUUUACAAACAAAGAAUGCAGAUGGCUUCUCAAUCCAUGUAUGUUUGGCAUUACUGCUGGCUAAUACACUCCGCAUAUUUUUCUGGAUUGGCCAUCCAUUUGAAAUGCCUUUAUUACUACAAAGUUUUGUCAUGAACAUUGCCAUGCUAGUUAUGUUGCAAUUAUGUGUCAAAACUAGAGCUCUUUCCGAAAUUAUUAUCAAACCCAAAAGUAUUUUUGGUACGUAUAAUGGCCAAACUCCUGAAAUAUUUGUAUUUAUUAUGUGA